AUGGAGACUAUCGCCGUAGAAGCCAGUCCGUGCGACCUCCAUCAUGCCCUUGGAUCCGUUCCGUCUGGCGACCCUUCACUAAAAGAUGCCACCCUGCUUUGCGUUGCUUCAAGUGCGUGUUCCUGCGAAGUGGCGCCAUCUACCAACGAAGCACCCGACGCCACCGCAGCGGGCCGUUCUUGUGGUGCUGGCGCUCCCGCUUGGCUCUCUGCGACAGUGACGUGCACGUUGGACGUGCUCAUCCAGGUGCAUCCUUCUCUCUCACGAGGCAGGUUUUCUGAUCUCCUAGGCAAAUGCCAUGGCGUCACCGUGAAGAAGUCGAAACCGCACUUCGCGCGCGUCACCUGCUGUAACGCUCGUGAUCUUUGUGAGCUACACGACGGACUCAUCACACUACCGCUCUCUCCUGCGGACAUUGUCGCGACGGAUGUGAGCACCUGCAGCACUCGCGUGAAGGCUUCCACUUUGUCAAGCGUGUGGUCAGGUGAAAGGGCGCGAGGCAAGAGCGCUCAGAUCAGCAUCGUCGAUGGCACUGACGGCCGAGCCUUGGAGGCGGCGAUCGCCAGCGCUGAAGAGGCGAAUUGUUGCUCCGCGAACGCGGUUUGUUGCGCACCUGAGUACCUUGGCAUCCUCAGGGAGAUGAGGUUGGUGUGUGUGGCCAGGAGCCUGCCGACUGUCGCCCUUCUCGUUCGAUUUCCGCAGCGGUGCCGUCGCGCGCUCGUACUGCUGCGCCCCUCGGUCAGCAGGCGGCACAAGAAGCAUAGGGUGACCUACCAUGCAUCUCUGCGCUUCGUCAGUGAGGGCGUGCAGCGCGUGGCGCUGAUGCCCAUGGGGGACGCAGCUGUGCUGCUGGCCGAUACGUUCAUUCACGACGCGGCACUAUCUGCGUGUGCGUCUGCCGGGGACGGCGGUGCCUCGGCGACGCUGGUGUUGCGCGGGAGCUAUCUCUCCCUGCACGACGGAGAGCAGCAAAGUGGUGCGCUGCAGCCGCUGCUCCUUCAUCUUGGGCUGCGCGGCGCGACAGCUCGUCAGCGCGUCCUUCGGUCUCUGCUGCAUUGCCACGUUACAGGGGCGUGGUAUCGUCUGCGGUUUCCCGCACGCGGCGCCAGCCGAGUGCCCUGCUGCCGUUCUGUCGUCUCGGAGCUUGCGCUCUACACCAGCGAAGGUCACAUGCUGGUGUUUGAGUCUUUCGUGACCGACAAGGCGCACUACGCGUUGACUUUGGCGGGCAGAGACGACCCAUCUAUGACUGUCAUUUACACAUGCUGCGUCGGGACUCGCCUGCUGUUCUCGAAGCUGGACACGUCCGCCGCCGCAGAAUCCAUUGCCGUCUCUCGGCCCUGUGAUGGCGUCUGCGGCGGCGCCCUCCUCGUCGCACCGCCGUGGGGAUUUACCGACCAGUGGCGCCACUCUACAUGGAUGGAAAGGGCGCUGGCGCUCGCCACAACACCGUCUGUCGCUGUAUCGGGUGUGCUCGUCUCGGGCGAGGGAGGCCGUCGCCGUCGACGGCACCGCGCCUCUUCGGUGCUGGCCAUGAGCCCUAACCGGGGUGUGUGGCUGCUCCGAACAGAUUCGCAGCUCUGCGUGGCGAGCGUCCCCACAGGCACAGGUGCAAUGGGGGAGCAUGGUGACGCGGUGUCGACCCUUGUCAGUGCAGUGAAGCUGGAUCCCUCGCACGCUCUCCACGACGCACAGUACGUGGGAUGCGGUGGCCAUGCCGGUUUCUUGCUGCUGUGCCGGCGCAACAGUGCGGGUGCAGCUGAGCCGUGGGACAUGACCUCAGCGAUGAGCCCCGUGACGGUCGCCUCAGCCGUUGGGGAUCGCUUCGUCCACUGCUCGCGUCCGCAGAGUCCUCUGCAGCUUCUGUUCCUCUCCCUCACGGCAAUUGGGACGGCUGCUGCUGCUUCUGCCUCCGACGCGGCCAUCUCGCCCUUGAUGCCGGUGCCGCUGAUUUCUUCCUCGCUUCUCGCGUCGCUGCCACCCUCCUUUGCCCAUCCGUCGAGUCGGCUGCGCCUCGUCUGCGCAGUUUCUGCCGCCGACACGCCGGACUCGAUGGUAGCGUCCGAGAACCUCAGUGACACCCUUUACGUUGCCAUCAGCAGUAGUGGCGAUGCUCGUUGCGCGUGGACAGCGACGGUGUGCCUCCCGUCUGUGUGGCCGUCGUGCACAUCGCUGUUCCAUCUCUGCCCCAACGAGUGUAGCGGGGUCACCAGAGGAGCAGGCACCGCUACUGGCGGAGCGUGCCAGGCCGCGCCGACGCUGCAGUGGACCGCCCACGCGCUGAGCGCUCUGUUCCCGCACACAUGUCUGAUGGCAGGCGGUAACGAGGUCAGGGCGUGGAAGGCAGCGGUGCAGGGCACCACCGCUUCUUCCCUCGGAAAGACGUCGCCGUCCGCAGUUGCAUCUGAGGAGGAGUGGCGGCUGGAGGCGGUGCUGUUAGAGUUAGAUUAUCCAUACAAACACGGCACGACGUCGGCUGCUGCUGCUGCUGCCUUGGACGUGGCUCUUGGUCGGGGUCCCCAUGCGGACGGCGCGGCGUUGUACUACCCUGCGGCUGCAGUUGCGUUUCACGACGCGUUGCACGCUCUUCUGCAUGCGUGCUUCUGCGGGGAGGCAGCGAGUACAGCCGGCGCGGUCGCCGUCGUCGCCGGCUUCUCGGCUGCUCUGCGCAUGAGUGGCCUCCUAGCCAGGCGCAGGGACUGCCCUGAUGUCCGUGGUGACGGCGUCGUGGCCACUAUGCGGAUUGUGGCGUUCUUGCAUGGGUGCGCACAGCUUCUCCGACACGCGAUGGAGGACGUGGCAGCUGUGGGUAACGUAUCGGCGCUGCAGGCCUGCGCAUCCCACUUGGCUCAGACGGUGGAAGCGGGCGCAGCGCGAAGGUCACCUUCGGCGACGACGGCAACGGCGUGGGAGGUGUGGGGCCUGUUGCUGCAGCCUCUUUUCGACUUUGUGUGGGGCGUUGUGCAGGCGUACGGUGUAUCGACUGAGUUGGCUGCCGGCCUGCUUGAGUACUGCAGUCCUGCGGUGCGGUCAAUGGCGCAUGCGAGAAGGCAUUGGUGGCCUGAUGCAGGCAACGCUGUCCAUGACACGAAGCCCGGUAACGCUGCACUACUCAAAGUUCCCGAUGAGACGCCACGCACCAGUGAACCGGCGGCCCAUGCUGUGUCUACUGGAUUGUCGGCGCAGCACGACGGCGUCGCGUCACCUUCCGGUCAACGCACCUCUGUGCCAACUGCCGUGUCAGUGCCCCCGGCCGCCGCUGCGAUACCGUCAGUAUCAUCGUACACGAGCGUGGAACUGUACGAGGUGGUGCGCCGAGUGUUUCUCACGCAGGGUGCCUCAGCAGCGCUGAGUCUACUUGGCGAGCUGCAGCGACACGACAGCGCCAAGGCCGGUGUGGCGGAAAUGGCGCAGAUGUUGGAGGCGAUGCAGGGUCGGCUUCAGGGGCCCGCCGUAUGA